AUGUUUUUUCUUUUGCUGCCUUUUGUUUCCAACUUCUCCUUCGCUUGCUGCAGGUGCUGCUGCAGCUGCUGCCGCUGCUGCAGCAGCCGAAUGGCGCGGCCGCCCUCGCUGGCGUGGAUGGUCUGCAGCACGGCGUUGCCGCCUUCGCCCGCGAUCCUGAAGUCCAUUUUGCCCCGAAAAAGCCGGAUCGAGCCCCCACGCGGGUCCGAAACGCAAAAACACGCGCGAAAUGGAAAAAGAAAACCUCAAAUUCGAUUUAAAAAAAGAAAAACUGACGAAAAUCCCGCGCGGGAAGCCCAGCGAAUGCCCGAGCUGCCUAUACACCCCACGGUGUAUGCGCAGAUCGGACACCCGCCCGGACGCCUUUUGCCGCUGAUCUGCGGGUAA